ACCCCAAACCAUUUUUCGGUGGCAGCGCUGUCCAGCAAAAACGAGCGGACGGAUCCGCCCCCGCCCCUCUCGCGACCGCGCAGGCGAGCGGCCGUCCAGUCGCGCGGGCAGCAGGGGGCGGCCGUCCGUCCAGGCGCAGGCGAGCGGCCGUCCGUCCAGCGCAGGCUAGCGGCCAUCCGUCCAGGCGAACUGCGAGCAGGCGUCCGUCCAAACGAACUGCGAGCGUCCGUCCAGGCUUCCGUCCAGCGAGCGGCACAACUUUUCUACGCACAACACAUUCCAAGAACCAAAAAUGGAGAGUGAAGGAGCUGGUGAGCACUUUGUGGAACAAGCUGAUGGUAGUGGCCAUGUUGUGUGGACUUCUGCAAUGUCCGCUUACAUGCUCAGUAACCUAGCAAGCCUUGUGGUUGAAGGGAUCAGGACAUCAACAGGCUUCAAGAAAGUUCACCUUAACAUGUGUGCUAAGGCUCUAAAUGACUAUUUCAAGAUGAAGCUCACUGGAGAACAAGAUCACAAAUCUGAUGCUGAGUUUUUAAACAAGCCUUUGGAGAACUAUAAGGAAAUGUUCAUUGUCUUUGGAAACAAUAUGGCUAUAGGAAAGUAUGCAAAAGGAUCAAGUGAAGCUCUAGGUACUGAAGAUAGAAAAUGUAUGGCUGAAACAGAGAUUGAUGAGGGAGAUGGUAAUGCUGUUCCUAGUCCUAUAGAUGAUAUUGGGGCUUCAUCCUCAGCUCCUAGACCUAGGAAGAAGGCAAGGGUUACUGGUAAAGAAGAGGCAGGGCUGUUUGGAGCAUUCAAAGAUGGUGCUGAAAGGCUUGCAAUGGCUAUUGAGAAGGCUGGUUCAGAUGACCUACCACCUGACUUGCUUCAAACAUUGCAAAGUAUUCCAGGUUUUGAUGACACACACAAGGCCUUUUACUUUGCAUAUCUAGUGAAAAAUCCUAGAUUGGCAAGGCAGUUCCCUACUCUCCCAUUGACAUAUCAGAUAAGUUUGCUUGCUCGCUUCGUUAGUGAGAACUUUCCUUAGAUUAUGAGGACCGGGAAUUAGGACUAUGUUGGAGGUUAAGUGGAAAUUAGAACUAUGUUGUUCUUUUGUUAUGUAAUAAUGGCUUUGCUAUGUCGAAAUACUGGGUUUGUUAUGAAAUAUUGGGUUUGUUAUGACCAACACGGAUGCUCGGUUUGUUUGUUUUGAAAUACUGGGUUUGAGAUUCAUUGUAAUGGUGUAUGCUCAGUUUGUUUGUUUUGAAGUACUGUUUGAAAUAUUGUUUU